AUGAUUGAGCCAAUUGACGAAAAAGAAGCCCGAUCUGACCACCACUCACGUCAGGGCAUGCGCAAACCAGGCGACCGUGCCAAAAAGUUUAGCAACAAGAACACUCCUUCCUCCUCCCGACCGAACAAGAACCCCAACUCGUCCAACGCUUCAGGCGGGAGUGGUUCACGUACGACAAGCGUACGGGGAGCGGGAGUGGUGGAAGCGGGAACUAUAUCGAUGAAUACGGGUAUACGAGGAGAAUGGAAGAUGAAGUCGAGCAUGAGCUCGAAGAGGAGACUGAACGCGAAAUGGACGAGCGGGGCCAAGAUGAUUAUGGAGGGCGCAUAUGAAGGCACGGGUCCUGUGACGAGGGGC